AUGUUUCGUGUCGAGCUCCUCGCCGAUAAAGGUUCAGUCCCUCAACCAGGCUGGUCCUAUGUCGCCGACCGAGCCUUCAACUCAGCUCAAGCCGCCAUAGCCCCAACACUAAGCCGCAAACGCGGAAUCCGCGACGCUGGAAAGGGCGGCGAUACGUCCUCCCGCCGAACCAACGCUAUAAUACGGCAUCUAGCGGAGCUGGACCGCGAGAACCACCGCGACGUCGCGGUUCCCAUCCCCGUGAAACAAGCUAAGGAGGCCGGGGCGCGCGGAACGCGUGCAAAGACAACAUCCAACGUCCGCCGCAUUCUCCAAUCUCAGAAAACAUUCAGAAACCAUCUCGAUGACGAGGAGGCCGCCCUCAGUAAUGCUGCAGCUAGUGGGGCCACGGGAACAACUGUGCAGAGCGGCGCGGGUAUGAGUGCGGCUGCGACUGCGGCGGUUGCGAGGGUGAGCAAAGCUGCAGCUUCUACGGCUUCGAGGCGAAGUUCAACACCUGUGGCUCCUUUGAGCUCGGCGAAGAACAAGAAGCGCGGAGCAGGCGCGUCAGCUUCAACGCCUACGCCCUCUGUUCCUGGGACCCCUGGUGUGGCUGCAAGUACCACAGAAGCAGAAGCGGGUGAGGAGGAUUUUGAGCGAAAACAAAAGCUUUCGAAGACGGAGCAUGAUGAUGAUCCUCUUUUGCGCUCGUAUGCGCCUACUAUGCCAUCCGACAAGAUUGUUCAGCGCUUGCUUGCUGAGCCUCCACUAUCCUAUAAUGCAUCACGGGCUGGUCCGCCGAACUCGUCGCGGUUGCCAAGGCAUUUCUGUUGCAUGUGUGGGUAUUGGGGGAAGAUCCGCUGUAAAAAUUGUCAUUUGAGGACUUGUGGAUUGGAUUGUUAUCGGGUUCACGAGGAUUCAAGAUGUGGUGCAUUCUUUUGA